AUGGAGAUCAAUGAGCCUUUGGAUCGCAGAUUGGACCCAGAAGAAGCACUUAUCAGAGAACGCGAUUUUCUGAACCACCUUAACAACCUCAAAUCUUUCACAAUUACCAUGUUAUCUCCUUCCAAUGGAUAUAAGCGGUUUUUUCGGGAAAACUGUGAAAACUGGCAACCAGGGGUCAAGUGCUUCAACGUUGAAGACAUGAAGGGUUCCAAUUUGGCGAACCCCCUUUUUCUUCCCCGCGACUACAAGAGCAAGAAGCCAACGAAUCGGCACACCGAGAUCCGUUCCGGCAGUGCUGGCGUAGAAAUCGGUGAGAGCGAGCGCGAUGACACAGUUAGGGUUUCUGGCGAUGAAGACGGGGAGGGGAAGACGAUGAAAGAGUUCAUAGAUCUCGAAUUGUGGAGCAGGAAGGGCGCAUGGAGAGAUUUCAAAGACAUCGCGGCGAGUUUUUGCGGUGCAGCUUCUGAAUUCAGCAAGCGAUUGAUGAACUGGAAACGAAAGCUGAAUCCGAAAAGAAACCACCGCCACAGCGACGUCGCCGGCGCAAACGUUUGUUCGGUCGAAAAGCUUGGGUUUAAGUCAUUGCGGGAGACGCAAUCAGAGGUUGGAGAAUACAAUUUCACGUUGGGUAGAAGAUCGUGCGACACUGAUCCGAGGCUAUCCGUUGAUGAAUCACGGUUUUCGUCCAAAGCUCCUCGAGCUUCCUGGGAUGGUUCUUUGAUUGGGAAAGCAUACCAUAGGGUUUCCCCCAUGGUUCGUGUUGGUGAUAAGGUUUUGGUUGGGGAAGAAGAAAAGGGAGACGUGACUUUGGAGAAUGGCGAAGAAUGUUGUCCUGGUGGUUCUACUCAAAUGAAGCAUUACUAUUCUGAUUGGCAUAGGAGGAGGAGGAGUUUUGAUAGAUCAAAUUCUCGUAGGAAGUCGAUAAUGGGAGAUGUUGAUGAAUUGAGAGUGAUAUCUAAUGAUAAAGUUUCUCCAGCCACAACCGAGUUGUUCUAUGGGGCGAAGGUGUUGAUCAUUGAGAAUAGUUUGAGGGAUGUGAAUUUGAAAUCGUCUGAUAGUGUAAUGGGGUCUGGUUCCAAGGUUGAUGCUUGUGAUGUUGCAAUUGAGGAUGGUCAACAGGGAUUGAACAAGUUUCACAGUAGGUUAUGGAGUAAGUUGGGGUUAUUGCAGAGGAGAAGGGAAGAUAUGUUGGGAGAAGGUGAUUACGGUGGUGGUGAUGUGGUUAACAAGCUACUUGCAGAGUCUUGGCAGAAAAGAGGGUUUUAUGGCUUCGGUCUCUCUGCAACCGAGGCAGAACCACGAAAAUAA